CGCUGUUGCCGCCGCCGCCGCCGCCGCGGUUGCUGGGGGUCGGGGAGAGGUGGAGCUGUCGCCCAGCCUGUGGAGUCCGUCGCUGUUGCUGUUUUUGCCCGAGGAGUCUUCCCUCCCUAGGUCGCUCCCCGACUCCCGUGGUGUCGAGGGGGAGUCCCCGCGGACGCCUGGGCACGCAGCGGAGAUGCCUCUCUUUGCCACCAAUCCCUUCGAUCAAGAUGUUGAGAAAGCAACCAGUGAGAUGAAUACUGCUGAGGAUUGGGGCCUCAUUUUGGAUAUUUGUGAUAAAGUCGGUCAGUCUCGCACUGGACCUAAAGAUUGUCUUCGGUCUGUUAUGAGAAGGGUGAACCAUAAAGAUCCUCAUGUUGCUAUGCAGGCUCUGACUCUUCUAGGAGCAUGUGUAUCAAACUGUGGCAAAAUUUUUCAUUUAGAAGUAUGUUCAAGAGAUUUUGCUAGUGAAGUAAGCAACGUAUUAAACAAGGGUCAUCCUAAAGUCUGUGAAAAAUUAAAGGCUCUUAUGGUUGAAUGGACAGAUGAGUUUAAGAAUGAUCCACAGCUUAGUCUAAUAUCAGCAAUGAUUAAGAACCUUAAGGAACAAGGAGUUACAUUUCCAGCUAUUGGCUCUCAGGCUGCAGAACAAGCAAAAGCAAGCCCAGCCCUGGUUGCCAAAGACCCUGGUACUGUGGCUAACAAAAAGGAAGAAGAAGAUUUAGCCAAAGCUAUUGAGUUGUCCCUGAAGGAGCAAAGGCAGCAGUCAACCACACUUUCUUCUUUGUACCCAAGCACAUCCAAUCUCUUAACUAACCACCAACACGAAGGCCGAAAAGUUCGUGCUAUAUAUGACUUUGAAGCUGCUGAAGAUAAUGAACUUACUUUUAAAGCUGGAGAAAUUAUUACCGUUCUUGAUGACAGUGAUCCAAACUGGUGGAAAGGUGAAACCCAUCAAGGCAUGGGGUUAUUUCCCUCUAAUUUUGUGACUGCUGACCUUACUGCUGAACCAGAAAUGAUUAAAACGGAGAAGAAGACGGUACAAUUUAGUGAUGAUGUUCAGGUAGAAACAAUAGAGCCAGAACCGGAACAAGCCUUUAUUGAUGAAGACAAAAUGGACCAGUUGCUACAGAUGUUGCAGAGUACAGAUCCCAGUGAUGAUCAGCCAGAUCUUCCAGAGUUACUUCAUCUUGAAGCAAUGUGUCACCAGAUGGGACCUCUCAUUGAUGAAAAGCUGGAAGAUAUUGAUAGAAAACAUUCAGAACUCUCAGAACUUAAUGUUAAAGUGAUGGAAGCACUUUCAUUGUAUACCAAGUUAAUGAAUGAAGAUCCAAUGUAUUCCAUGUAUGCAAAAUUACAGAAUCAGCAGUAUUAUAUGCAGUCAUCUGGUGUUUCUGGUUCUCAGGUGUACCCGGGGCCGCCUCAGAGUGGUGCCUACCUGGUGGCAGGGAGCACGCAGAUGAGCCACCUCCAGAGCUACAGUCUUCCCCCAGAGCAGCUGUCUUCUCUCAGCCAGGGAGCUGUUCCGCCAUCCGUAAACCCAGCCCUUCCCAGCCAGCAGACUCCGGCUUCUUACCCUAACACAAUGGUCAGUUCUGUUCAAGGAAAUACAUACCCCAACCAGGCUUCAGUUUAUAGUCCUCCUCCUGCUGCCGCCGCCGCUACUGCCGAUGUCACUGUGUACCAGAGUGCAGGAACUAAUAUGUCCCAGGUGCCAAACUAUAACUUAACAUCAUCACCGUUGCCUCAGCCCGGAGGCACUCAACAGCCACCUCAGCCACAGCAACCAUAUUCUCAGAAGGCUCUGCUAUAGGACUUGGGAUUCCUCUUUGUGGCAGAUACCUGCUAAAAGCCGCCGACAAUGUUAUGAGAUUCUUUAAUAUCUUAAGGUUUGUUUACCCUCAGCUUAUAGGAAUCUAUCUCGGUCUACAAGUUCAAAUAUUCAAGAAGGCAGAACUCUCUUCAAUUUGCACUGACUUUUUAGAGGUUCUCCCUUCCCCCGUCCCCUAAAGGAAUGAAACUACUUACAACAUUUAAUUCCUUUCAUAAUAUGAAAGAAUUGAUACAAGAUUAUUUGUCUCAUGAAAUUACAUGAUCUGCAAAAAGUCAAACUUAAAAACACUGUUGUGGCAAAUGUUAUGUACAUAUAUUGCUGUGUAACUUCAUUAGUGGCCAUUUUGAAUCACAAUGGUGAUCAUGUGAAUAUAUUUAACACUGUUAAAUUAAUUUACAUUGCUAUUUUAUUUUAAUCAUGAACAACUACCAUGUUUCAUAAUGUUUUGUGUAAAUUUAAGAUAAUUACACUAUCCCUUUCAACUCAAGAGAACAAAGCUGUAGCAUAUUUACGUGAAGGCAUUAUGCUGUCCGUGUUUCAGUUUCACAUUAAACUGAACCUUCCUUUGACUACUUGUGAGCUAAACCUAUGUAUUUUAUGUCUUUCUGUAGCCUCUGCAUACUACUAGCUGUCAUCACACCAGCGUACAGUAGCUAAAUUUUUGGUGCAAUUAUGGCAAAUGAUGAUGUUCCCUUUUACACUUUUACAUUUCGGCAUGGUAUUUCAGAAUAUUGUGGGGCCAUGAGACAAAAUUAAGUAGGAUCAUAUUCUUUAUAUCUUAUUUUCAAAGAAAUAAUGUUGGUUUACUUUUUCCUAGUUGAAGAUAGAAAUUAGAGUUUUGAGCUGUAUACUGUGUUUCUUGGUGGCAGUGACGCCAAAGAUUGAGGCAAUGGAUAGAAAUUUUUAAACUGGAGAGAAAACAUGAAUUACACUACAUUUUCAGAGUCUCUUGUAAUUAUUUGGGAUAGAAACAAAAUUUGAUUCAUCUGUCUUUUCCCACUAGUAGUCUUUUAAAUAUGUCUUUAACACGCUGUAUCCUUUAAUUGUUCAUUAAAAUGGAUAUAAGUAGAUGUUUCAAAGUCUUCUAUAUUCCUGGUUUUGCUUCAUAGUUUGUAUAUAUGUCCUUAUCUUUCAAACUGGACUUUUGGGGUUCUUUCUCCUAAAGUUCUAAUGGGAUUAUUUUGGCUUCUGACUCAGGAGUAUUUUUGAACAAAGGCUUUCCUUUUGCUCUGUAUGAAAUGUGUUUUCCAGCAACAUUUUAAUCUUAAAUACUUAUCAUUUCCAUAGUUGUGCUACAUUGUUAUUUAAUACUGUUUAAACAGCUGAAAAAUUGAGUUUGGGGUUAUAUCAAAUGAAUUGAUCCAGUGUGUUUCAUGCCAUAAAUGAAAACUUAACGCGUAUUUUCUAAGACGACUGCAGUCACAUAGCUUGUUCCUUUCCUUUUUGACAAAUGAUUCCAUGUGUGGUGGGUAGUCUCAGUGGUGAUGGAUGUUGUAGGUUCACGUGGACAACAGCAUCUUGACCUCCAGAAUGUCACCCUCAGUUUGCUUGUUUGACUUAUUUCUUGACUUUUCCUAAGUUUAGAGUAUGUUGCCCUCAAAUAGUAUUUUAAACCUUGAAUUCACACUUUACAUUAACAUUUUUUAAUAUAUUGCCUCUUGAUAAACAGUAUCAGACAGAUUAUAAUCUUUUUCAUUCCAGCUUGAAUAUUGUAGUUUAACUCCUAGACCUUUUUCCAAGUCACCUUGUAUUUUUCUGUCUUUUGAUAAAUUUCUGUUUACCAAACUGGCAGAUAUGUCAUUUCCCUAGUUUAUCUUGAUGCUGUAACAUCAAUUAUGUAGUGUCUAGUAUACUUUUUGCCCUGUAAAAGUGAAUGAAUGGUGAAGUGAAAAAAAACUUAUUACGGCGCAUAUUCAUUUUUCUUACUUAUUACAUUACUAGGCUUAAAGGAGUACUUAAAAACUGAUAACUGUGUUAGUAUGUGCUUUGCAUUUAUUUGGUAUAAAAAUACCAGAUGGAAAAAUUCCAAUAGAGAGGAACCCCUGGAUUUUCAAUCAUUCAGAUGAUAUGGCAACAAUAGAAAUAGGAAAGGACCAGUUAGGAGCUCAGAUAAAUGAUUUUGUUCUGAAACCAACAUAUGUAUCAUUUUUUCAAAAACUCUUUUUAAAAUAUGACGAGCUCCCCUUUUUUAAGGAGGAGAAUUAUUUAUAAAAUGAAUUGACUAUAUGGAUUUCUGUGAAGCAAAUUUUACUUCUCAGCUUAUUUCCUUUAUAAAAUUUGAGUGUAUAUGCAUGAACAGUGACAUCUAAAUGGAAAAAUUCAGCCUGUUACCGUCCAGUAUGAGUAACUGACAAACCCCGCAGCCCGUUGAAUGUGACAAUAUAUCAGUGCCACCGACCUGCUAUGACUAAUGUGUAGGGUGUCCUUGCUGUGGUUUUACAGUCUUUCCAGCUCAAGGACCGUCCCCUCUCUGUACCCUUCCUACUCCCUGAAGAGGCCUAAGGGAUUCCUGUCAUGGUGUUAAAAACUUCUGAAACUUUGUUUCUAUCCCUUUUAAUUUCUGUAUUUAAAAUAUUUAAUAGGCCACUAACAUUCUUUUUAGUACAGUUUUCAUGUAUAUAUGACAUGUAUAAUUCAGGUCGGGAGUACCUUUAGUCCAGAGCUUCGAGUUUAUAGAAGACAAAUUAGUGUCCUCUGUGAUGAACUAUGCAACCAUAAAAACUAUAUAUUAUUUUCUCAAAUGAGGUCCAUUGGUCUUGCUGGUCAAAUUGUUAUCUGUUUAAUACUUUAAAAUCACUGUUUUCUUUGUCUCAUCUAUUUCCUUGGUUUCCUAAUUAUAGCUUUCUGUUUUAUUACGUUUUAAAUAUUUAAUAACAAAACCGUAAUUUAAAGUUUUCA